AUGGCGGCCACUAAAGACGACAGCAAGCCCACUACCCAGAAGUUCUCCAAGGGGGAGAGGUCGAUACCGCACCACUCGCAGAAGGCCAGCAAGUACUACCCUGCUGUGGACGUUGCCGUCCCCAAGAAGGUCCGCAAGACGCAACACCCAGCGAAGCCCCGCCCGUCUCUCCAGCCCGGUACCGUCGUCAUCCUCCUUGCUGGCCGCUUCCGCGGCAAGCGCGUUGUCGUCCUUAAGCACCUUCCCCAGGGUGUCCUCCUCGUCACCGGUCCCUUCAAAGUUAACGGUGUUCCCCUGCGAAGGGUCAAUGCCCGUUAUGUCAUCGCUACCUCCACCAAGGUCGAUCUGAAGGGUGUAGACGAGAAGGUUUUGGAGAAGGCCAGCGAGGAUGGCUACUUCACCAAGGAUAAGGCCUCCCGCAAGCCGGGUGAGGAUUCGUUCUUCAAGCAGGGCGAGAAGCCUGAGAAGAAGGAGACCUCCAAGGACCGUGUCGCUGACCAGAAGGCUGUCGACAAGGCCCUUCUGGCCACCAUUAAGAAGGAAGCCCACCUGAUCGACUACCUCGGCGCCAGCUUCAGCCUUCGCAGCUCAGACAGGCCUCACCAGAUGGUCUUCUAG